AGCGGUGGAAGCGUUAUGAGCUUAGUACUGCAGGUGGGCGGGGCUCUACAUCCGGGGACUUGCGCUGACCCCUGACGUGACCCUGCAGGAUUGCAAACAUGGCGGAGCCCUCCCUCGGGAAUUCGAGCCCAGGAGGUUCAGCAGGUUCCGAUGACCAUGACUUCGACCCAUCAGCAGACAUGCUUGUCCAUGACUUUGAUGAUGAACGCACCCUGGAGGAAGAGGAAAUGUUGGAGGCAUCAGAUGAAACCAACGCCAAUGAGAUUGAAGACCUUGCAAGGGAGGGAGAGAUGCCCAUUCAUGAGCUGCUGAAUCUGUAUGGUUAUGGCGGCGGUUCACCAGCAGAUGAGGAUGAAGAGGAGGAGGAAGAACCAGAGGAAGAAGAGGAUGAUGAUGAAGAGGAUGAGGAAGAGGACCUGGACAAUGAUGACAGCAGCAGAAGCACUGGCGAGUCGAAAAGAAACGAGGGUGAGGGUGUUAAAAUCUCAUCAGGACAGGGCGAUGAGGCCCAGGCAGCCUCUGAGGGUCGCACACGCUCAGUCCGGUCCCUUGGCACAGCAGAACUUAUUCGUCCCCAGAAACUCAAGUACUUUGAAAGUCAUAAUGAUGCAGAGGAGGAGUCAGAUGAAGAUGAGGACUAUGUUCCAUCUGAAGACUGGAAAAAGGAAAUCAUGGUGGGUUCCAUGUAUCAGGCAGAGACCCCUGUUGGCUUGUGUAAAUAUAAAGACAAUGAAAAAGUUUAUGAAAAUGAUGACCAGUUAUUGUGGAACCCAGAGUGUCUUCCUGAGGGCAAAGUGGUGGAGUUCUUGACGGAGGCAUCAAGGCGGACGGGAGAGGAGAAAGGAGUUGAUGCAAUCCCAGAGGGAUCCCAUAUAAAAGAUAAUGAACAGGCGUUGUAUGAGCUCGUGAAAUGUGACUUUGACACAGAGGAAGCUUUAAGAAGACUUAGGUUUAAUGUAAAAGCAGCCAGAGAUUGUCUUGCUGAUGCCAGAUUAACACUUGUUCUCUCUGUGACAGAGGAGCUAUCUGUCUGGACUGAAGAGGAAUGUAGAAAUUUUGAACAAGGACUAAAAGCUUAUGGGAAAGACUUUCAUUUAAUACAGGCCAACAAGGUGAGAACUAGGUCUGUAGGAGAAUGUGUGGCCUUUUAUUACAUGUGGAAGAAGUCUGAGCGUUAUGAUUUCUUUGCACAGCAAACCAGACUUGGGAAAAGGAAAUACAACCUUCACCCUGGUGUCACAGACUACAUGGACAGAUUACUAGAUGAGACAGAGAGCGCGACGUCCAGCCGGGCGGCGUCGCCUCCUCCCACCACCUCCAGCAGCAGCGCCAGCCACUCUGAGAGGGAAGACGGCAGCAGUCAGAACGGUAUUGCAGGUCACAAUUCAAGCCACCCAGUGGACAGCGCUCAGUUGCCCCCAGCUAAUCAAGUCAAACCUGAGUCAGUUCAGUCCAAUGGUCCCUCCCACCCCGCAGCCGAAGCUCCUCCUCCAAUUCCAGACAACAACUCCAACGGCUGCAGCCAGCCCAGUGCACCUAGCCACAACAGAAAUGGUUCUCUGGAGCCUCUGCUGGACCACAGAGACACAGCAACAGCACACGAAAGGCCGGCCAAGAGAUGCAGGACGGAGGCAGAGCCGUUGGGCCAAAGUGAGGUGGAGCCAUCCAGAACGCAGGAGAACUGAAGUGAUGUUUAAUAAUAGACGCUGAAUCGGGGUGAAAAAAAAUAGCCCCUACUUGUCCUCUUAUCGGCAGAGGUGAUGAGGAAGAUGAGCCCCUCUUAGCCUGUGAGCACAGUGUCUCCUGAGAGCAAAGACUCCCUCUUUGAUAAGGUCACUGAAAAUCACACCUUGAAGAACACAGCCAACCAAACAGCAGCUGGUCUCCCCGUCCCUCCAACCAUCCAUGUACUGACUGCCUGCAAAGCUCAUCCCAAAGUACCACAGCUCCAUCAAGUCCUACGAAAACAUCUUCUACCCAUCGUCUUUAUUCCUUUUCUGGAGACCGACUGACAAAAUUUUGCCAAGAAUUUUCCUUUUUCUAUUUGUACUCAAAGAAAAGAAAUCACCAGUGAUAUUUUUUUACGCAAGAGAUAUUUAUAUUUUUUAACAAAAGAAAACUAUGAUGGGUAACUGCUGUUCAAGCUAUUUGAAUGUUUGAUGAAACAGGGGACAUGUUUUUAAAAAUUCUGUGCUUAGGUUGUUAAAAAGAGGCAAAGCAGGCGAACACAAGAUGAGCGAGGUUGGUGCUGGCCCUCUUUAGUUGCACUUUGAUUGUAUGUUUCUCAUCUUUAUUGAUAAGGAGUGGUGUCGAAAACCCAGCAGAAAUUACAUUUUCACUCCUCCUUCACUUCUGAACCCGCUCCUGCCUCCACCAUGGCUUUGUUUGAUUCUGAUAAAUAAACCAAUGGGUUAGUCCCCCUGCAGGUUUGUUUGUGUAAAGCAGCUGACAUCAGUGAUGUCCUGUAUAAUAACUCAUCAUGUAGAAGAUCGCUGUAUUUUUGGAUUCUCAUGGUCAGUGCUUUGCUCAACGCUUUGUUUUUACUAGACAGAAUGUCCAUGAUUUUUAAUGUAAAGUUUGUAUAGAUUUCUUACCUUGAGCAGUUGGUACAUUUUUUAUAACUGUCUGUUCAUCUCUGUAUUUUCUGGUCUUCCUAGUGGGCUGUGCUUUUUGUUGACAGAUCUUUCGCCUGUGUUGCUCUGAGAUGGGUGUAAUAAAACGUAGCCAUUCCUCUUUCCCUCUCUGUUUGGCAGCACUUCCCAUUCCUGCGUGACCCUGCUCAGUCUGAAGUGUUUGUUGCGGAGGGCCUCACCUUUUGUGUGUUUAAUAAAAAUUUAAAAAACAAACAAAAAACAAGCCCCACAUUGUGUUUGAGUGCUGGCUGCCUUUGGUUUAAAACCUCAAAGUGCUUGGUUCCAACUGUUUUUCUUCAGCAAGUGGCUUCAGAGCAGUGGAUUUCCAGCAGUUUAACAGACCAGGUUGACACACGGUGUGUGACCUGGAAGACUUUCAUUUGUGUUGGUACAGUAGGCGUUCAGCUUAAUGCUUUAGUGUUUUACUUUGUACUCCAGCUUUGAACUUACAUUCACAAAUUUAAGAUAAGUUUGUCUCAAAUAACGUUGAUCCAUGUAGUCUUUUCUUUCCCUUUGUUGACAAUAAUGUCCUGUUUUGUUUUGUUUUGUUUUUUCUCUGUAAAUGACGACAUGAAUAAAAAUGAAGUGUAUUCCAAGUCUGGUUAUGGAUGGAAUAACAUUGGUUAUAUUUAAUAAAUGUAUUAAUGAGUA